ACUAGCGGCAGAGUAUAAAAGUGGCAGUCACCAUCUUCCUCACCCACACGUGCACCAUCCUCCAGUGUGUGUGGUUCCCCUCAGCAGGAGCGCCUCCGUCAGCCCCGUCAGGAAGUAGCAGCGAGCGAUCCAGCGUCGUCCAAAGCAACAGGUGACACGGACAAGAUGUCUCUUCAGCGACAGGUCAUGGCCAAGAUGCACGGGAAGCGCGACCAGGAGCAGGAGAAGGAAGCCCUUGACUGGAUCUUCAUCGUCCUUGGGGAACCUCGCCCUGAAGGAGACCUUGGCGACAUCCUGCGGGAUGGACAGGUGCUGUGUCGCUUCAUGAACAAGCUGGCUCCUGGAUCCGUUCCAAAGAUCAACACGUCCGGAAGCCAGUUCAAGAUGAUGGAAAACAUCAACAACUUCUCCCAGGCCAUGAGAAAGUAUGGCGUGCCCAUCGUCGACCUGUUCCAGACGUCUGACCUCUUCGAGAAGAAAGACCUGGCUGUGGUCACCAACUCCCUCUUCUCGCUCGGGCGCACGACCUACAGACACCCCGAAUGGCCUGGUCCUUGGCUUGGUCCUCGCCCGGCGGAGGAGCAGAAGAGGGAGUGGAGUGAGGAGCAGCUGCGGGCAGGACAAGGAAUCAUAGGUCUCCAGGCUGGCUCGAACAAGGGAGCCACGCAGGCCGGGGACAACACGGGCGCCGCUCGACGUGUUAUUCUGGGGAAGUAGAAGUGCGGGCCUUGGGUCGGGAGCGUCGGGACCCUUCGGGAGUGUAGGGAGGCCGAGGGUUUGGUGCUGCUGGAGGUAGGAAAUAUUAAGGAGAGUAGAUGGAAUUAGGGCGCUUAAGGGUUGGGGAAAUGUAGGUGGUCGGAAUCAAGGCAUUUUUAAUCCCAUUCUGUCCUGAUGAAGAUACUUCUUGGCCACUUCCGAGCAAACCCUGCCUCUUCGAUUUUAUUCAAUGUUUUUUUUUCUUGAUUUGCGAUUAUUUUCUGCCAUUGUUAUUACUGAACCAUUCUCAAAAAAUAAAUAAAUAAGUAAAUCAAUAAUAA